ACGCCCAAAUUACAUUUUCCCAAUCAACCUUUUUCCCGCUAAUGGAAGUUCUCUCUUCACGAUCUGCGCGCCGGCACGGUGCUUACUGAUUAGGAGAUUACCCUAAAACGAAACCCAGAAUACCAAUAACCUCAAUCCCAAACAUCAAUUAACCUAACCCUGAACCCUGGCUCCCGACAUCUGGAAACGCCUGUUCCCGGCCCGAUCCCGAAGACCACUCCCGAUCAUUCCCCAAAUCGGGAUAACCCGCCGGUUCACUCCCCGAAUGGAAAUAAACCUCUUCAAGUUUUGCUCUGGUCUCAGAGUCCUCGGUUACGUCAUGAUCCUCCUCGUCGCCUCAAUUAUCGGCGUCUCUUACUACGCCGUCGUUUUGCUUACGCGUGGCCCACAGUUAUUCCGAGGCGGUUUCCACUCCCUUUUAUCGUUCACCAUCGUCAUUGUAUUCCACGUUCUGCUUGUACUUCUGUUAUGGAGUUAUAUUAGAGUAGUGAUUAAGAACCCCGGUUCUGUACCUGAAAAUUGGAGAACUGUUUCCGUGGAGGAGAGUUCGGAGGUUGGUAAUUCUUUGGCAGCGGCGGAAGAUGGAUUUGAGAGAAGAUCACGUGGUGGUGGUUAUUGCACGCAUUGUCAGAAUGGAAAGCCGCCACGGUGUCAUCAUUGUUCUAUUUGUCGAAGAUGUGUUCUCAAGAUGGAUCAUCACUGUGUCUGGGUGGUGAAUUGUGUUGGUGCAUGCAACUAUAAAUUCUUUCUUCUUUUCUUGCUAUAUACAUUUUUGGAGACGACACUAGUCACCGUAGUGUUACUGCCAAGUUUUAUCAACUUCUUUCGUGAAGCAAAGAAUCACUCCGCCUCUCCUGCCAAAUCAGCGAUAAUAUUUUUGGCAUUUGUUCUUAAUUUUGCUUUUGCUCUGAGUCUUGUUUGUUUCAUCACCAUGCAUGCAUCUCUUCUAUCAAGCAAUACGACAUCAGUUGAGGUUCACGAGAAGAGAGGACUAGUCAGAUGGAAAUAUGACUUGGGAAGGAAAAAGAAUUUUGAGCAGGUAUUUGGCACGAAGAAAAGCUUGUGGUUCUUCCCAUUGUUCUCGGAAGAUGAUUUAGACAACAUACCAGCACUUCGCGGCCUGGAAUUUCCAACACUUUCAGAUGUUGAGGCAUGAGCUUUUAAUGAGAGGAAAUAUGACCUCAGUUGUGUAUCAUGUUGCCACAUUAUUACCUUAGGUUUGACGGUAUGUACGUCACAACAUAAUUGUAUUUGAUGAUAAUCGACAUAUUCUAGUGCUACUGGUUUGAAGUGAAU